CCAUGCGGUUGCCCGGGUAACCAGACGCUCAGGACUUGGACCUUCCAGUUGUUCGGAGGCCAGCCUAUAGCCAAUGGUAUCCCGAGGGCUCGCUCUCUCCGGGCGUUUGUGCUCCCCUCUCUCUUCUAACGCAGUUUCUACCUUUCAGUGCUUUGGAAUCUUAGCCCUCUGUCUCUAUUCGCUUUUCUGUAUUUGCCUUGCCUCAGGGACGCACAACCCCAGCCCCUGUCCCAGUGAGCCCGUCGCCAUGGAAUCCCUGCAGACUCCCCAGCACCGCGAAAAUCAAGAUAAAAGGGAGAAGGAGUAUGGGGUAAAACACAUGCCUAUGGGCAAUAAUGCAGGGAAUCUUGAGCCCGAAAAGAGAAAGGCAGUAAGAGUUGCCUUGAGUUCAGCAACAGCUGCCCAGAAUAUGCCGUCCAUUGUCCACUGUGGCUGCUCCAAGCAAUGGAGACUAAAGUUACCGUCGGAUUCGCUGCAAAGUCGGGGACAAGUGAUGAAGCGGCCGAAUAACAUUUUAAAGCUCAGGAAUCUGGAUCUGUUGAUCUACCCUUGGCCAGAACUUAGAAGACGUCAGGUUGCUUCUGACCUAAUGAGCCUCCUCCUUCUCCCCGCUUUUUCCGGCCUCACUUGGGCCCCCUUCCUUUUCCUCUUUACAUAUCUGCCUCCUUUUCUCAAUCUCCUCACUGUUGGUUUUGUAUCCUAUUUUCUGGUAUAGUUUCUGUGAUUUCUUUCUUUUAUUUAUUAUUAUUAUUGUUGUUGUUGAGACAGAGUUUUGCCCUUAUUGCCCAGGCUGGAGUGCAAUGGCGCGAUCCUGGCUCACUCCAGCCAACGCCUCACAGAUUCAGGUGAUUCUCCUGCCUCAGCCUCCGGAGUAGCUGGGAUUACAGGCACGGGCCACCAGCCCAGCUAAUUUUUGUAUUUUUAGUACAGACGGUGUUUCACCAUGUUAGUCAGGCUGGUCUCGAACUCCUGACCUCAGGUGAUCCGCCCACCUCGGCCUUCCAAAGUGCUGGGAUUACAGGCAUGAGCUACUGUGCCCAGCCUCUAUGAUUUCAAUUUUCAUGUUUAAGUACCUAUGUAGAACCUAACUGUCCAUAAAGCAAACACAACAAAAAAAAGAUUUGGCUUUUGGUCAAAGAUCAUUGGAGGUUACACAGGGUAAAGUGCAGUAUGAUUUUUAUCACAGUUAGAAAGAUUAAAAAGAGAUGACAGUGAGUUUGUGAGAACAGGUUUGUGUUUCAUAAAAUGAAUUGUGUGAGUUCGCUAUGAUGAACUGCAAGCAGCUUGCAUUUCCAAAGACAGAGACACAGGAAUCUAAUUAAAAUGCUAAAGUAAUGGGAAGGAGACAUCCAUACGUUUUUGUCCCCCUAAGGUUCCAGAUUUAUAGUUUGAGCAUCAUCUCGGCUUACAUUUUCUCUGUGGAAAACAUCAGCCAUUACAUUACUUGGCUCUGGGUUGAAAUCCUAACUUCAUCAAUUGAAGAUCUUAGGACCUAGGCAAGUUUAUUAACCUCCUCUAUGAAGUGAUGAAAAUAGUAUCUCUUGUGCGGAUUAGGAGACAUGUUCCUCUAUGCUAAGAUGAUUAUUAUGUGCGGAACACAUAGUUAAGUGCUUGAUAAAUUGAACUAAGGCAAAUCCAGUCUCAACCAUGGCAAAACUAAGUUAAUAAAAAUGAAA